AUGAAAAACAACAUAGACAGAAUAAUGGAAGAUCGAAGGCAGAAUCUAGAGAUAAUCAAACAGCAGCGGCAAGGAUUUCAGAAAGAUAUAAAAGAAAUGCGUGCUAAAAUAAACAUACAUUUAGAUAAACUUGAACAAGAAAUACAACAGGAUUUACAAGCUGUGGAACAAAAGGUCAUGUCACAAAUAAACAGAUUUGUGCAAAAAGUUUCUGACCAUGAGAAAACAAUAGAUGAGCUACAGAACAAUAUAGCUGCGACUAAACGUUUUGCAACUGACCUUCAGACAUUUUUUGGCGGUAAAAUAUUUGAGGCCAAGAUCCAAGAGGAAGAGAAGUUCAUGACGUCUUUAAUAGAAGAUAGUGGCUUACAACAAAUACACUUACAAUAUAAACUAGACAACAAGAUGUCAGACGUACUGUCCAUGACAAAGAUCGGAGAGAUAUCCGUUACAACAAAACCGUCAAGGAUCUCCAUGACGACGGAUAGAGAAAAACAAGCUCAGAAAAGGAUACCAACGAUAUCAAAAACAAUCAAUGACAUUAAUCUUACUUUACUAAAACAAUUUGAGAUAUCGAAAGGAGGAAACGGAAUUGGAAUCACGGGUUGUACUAUCAUGCCGUCUGGUAAAAUUAUCUUCGUAGAUCAAUCCAAUGAUCGGCUUGUAAUCCACAACGACAAUGGUAUAUUUGUUUGUGCAAUACCUGUAUCACAUUACCCUAUAGAUGUUACAUGUAUUGAUGAAAACACGGUCGCUGUCACCCAUUAUACAGAGCCUUAUUACAUAGAAAUAAUCAACAUCGUCAAUAGAAAAACUGUAAGACAGAUUAAAACGUCCAAUCAGUGCUACGGCAUUACAAAUGAAAAAGGAAGAUUACUAUAUUAUGAAGUAGGAAGGGGUAUUCAAACAGCAGACGUCAAUAGCGGAAGUAAUGUUACUACAGUAGUUAAAGUCGAUGGUGCGCAUUACUGGAACUAUGUUACAACAUCAAAUGACAGAAUAUACCAUACAAUAAAUCAAUCAAAUACCGUAACAUGCUACACAAUUACGGGACAGAAGGUUUAG